ACACGCAAAGAAGGCUCCUGCGAAAGCUCGGCUCACCUCAAUUGACCUGCCGCUUUUUUCCACCCACCCUCCUCCCUUCCCCUCCUUUUCCCCAGCCCCGUUGCAUGAUGGUUAAAUAGCCUGGCCUUGGAACCCGCCAUUUUCUGUUUGGGGCUGGCGGGAAAAGCGGGAAGGGAGCGCAAGAGCAGCGCGAGCGCCGCCGCGGGACGACCAACGGCUUCCAACGGCCACUGACGCGCGCCAGGCGGACACUCAGCAGAUUUCCCGUGUUCUAAGGAUCGCCCAGGAUGGCUCGUACCAAGCAGACCGCCCGUAAAUCCACCGGUGGGAAAGCGCCCCGGAAACAGUUGGCCACUAAAGCCGCUCGGAAAAGCGCGCCCUCCACUGGUGGAGUGAAAAAGCCUCACCGCUACAGGCCUGGCACCGUGGCGCUGCGAGAGAUCCGGCGGUACCAGAAAUCCACAGAGUUGCUGAUCCGCAAGCUGCCAUUCCAGCGCCUGGUCCGUGAAAUCGCGCAGGACUUCAAGACGGACCUUCGGUUCCAGAGUGCUGCCAUCGGAGCUCUCCAGGAAGCCAGCGAGGCGUACCUCGUGGGCCUGUUUGAAGACACCAACCUGUGUGCCAUCCACGCCAAGCGGGUGACCAUCAUGCCAAAAGACAUACAGCUGGCCCGCCGCAUCCGUGGCGAGCGAGCUUAAAGCCCCGCUCUCCCCUCCCCCCUCGUCCCAGCAGCCCCCACCCCACCCCUCCUCGCUUGUGCAGUGUACUAGAAUACACUCCAGGGUUUGGGGUUUUUUGGGAGGGGGGGUUGUUUUUGUUUUUUUUGUUGGUUUUUUUCCGUUUCUCUCUCCUACUCCUGUUUGUAGUGGCUAGGACACGUGAGGAACAUGUUAGAUUAUCUAUCGUAGUGCCUCUCCGAGAUGUGGAGGCUUGAUUCCUAGUUCAUCAUGUACAAGCAAAAAAAAAAAAAGGAAGAAAAAAAAAAAGAAACCCUCUGAAACCCCCGCAAGACUUCUGGAUGUUAGUUUUUGUAAAAGUUUUUUUUUUCUUUUCAGAAUCGCAAAAAAAAAAAAAAAAAAGGAGAGGAAAAAA